AUGGCCGCAGUUGAAUUUAGAAAUAUUAAGUGCGACUCUUUGGAUAAAGAGUUUUCGGACUUUGAUUAUUGUUUCUUAAAAUCGGUGAACAGAUCAUACAAAUACUAUUCUGUGAAAGUGAAACUUUUUCAAAUUCCCGUUACCAAAGUAAAGGUGAAUGUGGCACUCUUUAAGAGGUUUAAUGGUUACAGGCCAUUUUUGUAUAAUUUUACGAUAGACGCAUGUCGUUUUUUCCACAAUCAAAAGUCAAAUCCCGUGGCCCAAUAUUUUUAUAGCUUGUAUAGGGACGUUUCAAACAUCAAUCAUUCCUGCCCCUACAAUCAUGACCUCGUGGUGGAUAAAGUUACCACACAAAGGGUUAAUACCAAUAUAGUAAAGAUUAUUCCAUUUCCCGAAGGCGACUAUAUGAUCAUGAUGAACUGGAUAGCCUAUGACAUCAAUCGAGCUGUAUUCAAAUUAUAUAUUUCACUUUCUUAAAUUUGUAUCUCAAAUAAAAAGGACAAUCCACAUUAUUAUUCUGAUACGGAUUCAA